GUCACCAUGGGAGGAAGACGCAGAGGCGCACCUGGAGGUGACGAGGACUACUCCUUUGUCAGUCCAGUUGUCAAGUACCUCCUGUUCUUGUUUAAUUUUAUAUUUUGGAUUAUCUCCCUGGUGAUGGUGGCGAUCGGGGUGUAUGCCCGCAUGAUGAAACAUGCAGAGGCAGCUCUGGCGUGCCUGGCGGUGGACCCCGCUAUGAUGCUGUUGGUCGUGGGGGUCCUCAUGUUCAUCAUCACCUUCUGUGGCUGUGUGGGCUCCCUGCGAGAAAACAUCUGCCUUCUGCAGACAUUCUGUAUCUGUCUCACAGUGAUCUUCCUGCUGCAGCUGGCUGCUGGGAUCCUGGGCUUCAUCUUCUCUGAUAAGGCUCGGGAUAGAGUGACAAAGAUGAUUAAUAAUGCGAUCGUCCACUACAGAGAGGACAUUGAUCUGCAAAACCUCAUUGACUUUGGUCAGAAAGAGUUCGGCUGCUGUGGUGCUGUGACGUACACUGACUGGUCCCAGAACAUGUACUUCGACUGCAAGCAGGACAACCCCAGCAGAGAACGCUGCUCCGUCCCCUUCUCCUGCUGCAUCAUGCCUGAAGACAAGGUGGUUAUUAACACCAUGUGUGGCCAGGGCCUGCAGGAGAAAGAAUUCGGUGAAGCGGCAAACUUCAUUCACACCAAUGGCUGCAUAGACAAACUGGUGGACUGGAUCCAUAGUAACAUGUUCCUGCUGGGAGGCAUCGCAUUAGGACUGGCUAUACCACAGCUGGUCGGCAUCCUCUUGUCUCAGAUUUUGAUCAACCAGAUCAAAGACCAGAUCGAGCUCCAGAACUACCAGCAGAAGCACCGCUCCGACCCGUGGAGCUGACCCAGGAAAAUAUUGUAAUGAACGGCACCAGAGACACGGUGACGGCAGCAGAUGUGGAGAGAAUUACAAAUGCCUGAAGAACAUCUGUCACCUCUGCCUGGAUUGAGCAGUCAGUAUCAUUGCUCUUAGACUGAAAAAGACAAGACUAGUGUUCAUCCAGCACAUGGACAAACAGAUGGAGAAACAGGACUCUGUCGCCACCUGCUGGACAAAGACUGUGCUUGAAUUUACCAAAGUUUUAUACUGAAGUUUUUUAGUGGUCAGAGUCAAAUUGUCGGGAUCAUUGAUCUUUACUGCAAUAAGUAUAAUCAAUAACAAGUAUUGUUUUUAUGUCAAAGACACCAAAUAGGAGUGAAGUUAAUGCACAUCUAUGUAUUUUUUGUGUUUGUGUCCACGAUGUUACAAAUAAUUAGCUGAAAAAGGGAUUUACAUAUUUUUUCAACAUAUAGAUUUUGUUUUUUAAAAUAAAAUGUCAGACAGAAUGUCUUUUGCAUGCUCAGUAUUGUCACUUAUGGCGGCAGCUGCAUCUGAUACAUGGUUGAGGUUGUUUUUAUUAAAGGCGACAUAUAAUGCUCAUUUUAAAGUUCAUACUUGUAUUUUGGUUUUCUAUUGGAAAAUGUUUAACAAAAACACAGUUUUUUCCUCUUUCUGUUACUUUUUAACCCCACCUCUCAAAAGAAGAUGUAUAGAAAGAAUGUGAUACAGCGUUGAAGUGUCCUGUUAAUUUGUAUAAAAGUUGCUCAGUGGCGCAUGAAUCCAAAAAAGGUUGCCUUCUGUUUAUGAAUUUACCCUGAUCUUUGGGCCCAGAGAGCAAGCACACAAGUGUUUUCUUAAACCCAGCCUCCCAACUGCUCAGUCUCAGGGUCAUUCACAUGAGCGGAGGAAGGAAAAUAACACUGGAUUGGGUGAAUGGUGGAUCUUACAACUUUAAAUAAGGGGCUAUUUAAGGGUUGCAACUCAAGCCCUUCAUUUGACAUUUAACUGUUAAGAUAAUAUUUACACGUCUUCAUGAUGAAAUGGCCAUGUUAGGCUGCUUGGUUGUCCCGCACAGACUAUGACGAUGCACAUGAUGUAAUUUCCUGCUCACAUUUUAGCCAGCCUGGCUGGCUGCAGAGCCACUGGAUUUUGUCUCAGUAUGCUGCAAUUUCAAGUAAAUAUUAAACCACAUAGGUGUUCUUCAAAGUUGAAUUUCUUUACAUAUGCUGUGGCUGAUUGAUAUGUUAUUUGGAUCCUGUCUUUUGUAAUAACCUUCAACUAAAAAAACAAAAGAAGUGGGAAAUUCCAAGUUUCCCACUAAAGAAAACAGUAGUUUGGAUGCCUGAGGAGCUGUAGUGUUGUUUUGUUGAUGUGGUCACUAGAACGGGCCGAGUUUGUGUUUUUGACCAAUCAGUGAGCAGACAGUGGUUAAGCUUCUCUGACUGAGAAAAAAAACUAAACAUUUACUUAGAGCAAAAACAUGAAAAUAAUCACAGAUACAGAACUUUUUGAAGCCAAAAUGGGUCUGACAGCAAAGUGUAGCUGCAUUUAAAUGUUUUAGGAUUAUGGUUAAUGUUUUUCAUAAAUGUUUAAUGCUUUUUAUGUGUGUGAAACUCAUCCACAACUGUAUAUUUUAGUAUUUAAUUUCUUUUUAUCAUGUGGUACGUUCAGGCAGUUCUUCCAGUUUCUUCACGCAGGAAAAAGCAUAAACCAACACAACCUCUCCUCUCCACCCCGUUUCUCUGUCUGGCAAAUGAAAACCUGAGUUUUGAGGCAUUCUCAACCUGAAACCUGAUGCCUGUAAUCUUAGUGAGCAGAAACAGUCCUGCAUGCUUAACAGCCUUUGACGCAAGUCCACAAUCUAAACAUGACAUUUCUGUGUUAGUUUAAAGCUGCAGUGACUCCCUGUACUGUGAUUUCCCCCUCAAGCACACAACAAAAUCUACCAUAUCACCACCAUUAAGGAUGGCAGAGGUGUGACAUGUUAUAAUUUAGUGGCAGCAGCUGAGUAUAAUGAAAAAGUGACAGUUGUAGCAGCAGUGAAUGGCUCUGCAGCAGUCUCUCACUCUACUGUUUUGGUGUGUGUGAGUGAGUGAGAGUGAGUGUGUGUUGGCCCAGGCUCCGUUGCUCUGUGUGUGGUCCCUGGUUUUUUGCCUCUGACUCACUCAGGCGGCCAUGUUGCUGUGGGUUUCAAGGAGGCCCGGACACACACACACACACACACACUCAGAGAGAGAGAGAGAGGAGGGAGCAGAUUUAACCCAGUUUUACUCUCAGAACACCAGGAGAGAAACAAAGCAUCUGCAGCCAUGCAAAUACCACAAGUGCACUCUCCAAUUAAUGCGAUAACAACGGACUCAUGGUGGAGAUUGGACCAGUUUGAAGUUUGUUUUUAGUGGGAUGCUGGCAUAUUCAACCACAUUAAAAUAAAUGUAUUAAAA